AUUUUUCCCAACGCAGCUGACGAUGUAAACAAGAAAAGACAGUCGAGGGCAACGGGGAUCAAACAGGCCGGUGUCACCGCAAAUGAUCGCCCUUAAAUACUAAUAGUCGGUGGUCAUGGGGCUCCCCGUUACUAUUAAAGUCAAUUUUCGGGGAAAUGUGAAGAGAUUUUUGGCUCAGGAUUUGGACAAAUUGGAGUGGGAGUCCGUGGAAGCCUGGAUCAAGGCAUCAUUUGGGAUCAACCACUUUCAAGUAAAAUACUUUGAUGAAGAUAAUGAAGAGAUUUGCAUUAACAGUCAAGAUGAGUAUGAAGAAGCUAUCAAGAGCGCAGAGAGGCAGGGAAACCAGUUGCACAUGAAUGUGUACAAGAUGAAAGGGCAGGCCUGUGGAGGCCCGCUGAAGACGGAGGUGAAGGAGCUGAAGGGAGAUCUCCGACCUGCUCCUCCUUACCCGUCACGAGUCAAAACAGUGGACAAAGGCACUCAGGUCACCCCAGAGAGAGAAGCAGUAACAGUUAAAGACAACAAGGGGAACAAACCUGAAGAUGAACCCCCUCCCAUGUGGUUUAGAUCAUACAUGGAGAAGUUUAAGGACGAAGUUGUAAAGGAGGUGGUGGAAAGGAUGUGCAGCGACUUUUCUGGCCAGUGUUGUACCCAUAAAACCUCUGACAGGCUUCAAGAGGCCGGUGGGGCCAGUGGCGGUCCUAUGGGACCCAGACCAGGCCCUUCCAACUCUAAUGGGUCGCUCGGCUACACCCCAAACUGCAGCAGUUGCAACAAACUCACCUCGGAAGGAGCCUACAAAUGCAGUGUCUGUCCAUCCUGCAUCCUGUGUGAGAUGUGUCGACACAGCCACGACCCCAGCCACAGCCUCGUGAGAACCAAGACACCUCUCUCCAUCCCUGAGCAUGGAAUGUCAGGAGAGUUAAGGUUCCCAAGGCGAGGAGACAGGACUGUGCGCAAGGCCGAGCGACAGCGCCUCAAAGCUGAAAGAAGGCAGCUAAAAGCAGAAGUGAAGGAAAUCAAGAAGAAACUGAGACUGGAGAAGAGAGGGCUGCAGUGGAGUGGACCCUCUACCUCAGGCAGAGCCAACCUGACAAACAUGGCCUCGGCAUCCACCCAGGUCCCAGCCCUUCCCCCUCCUACCGCCUCAGAAACAGCCUCAGGUCCAGCCACAGUCCAAGGUCCCAUCCCAGCCCCGGCCCCCGAUCCCCAGGCCUCCAGUCCAGAGGGUCCCGGGGUCUCGCAUACGUCCUUGGUGCCCACUAUGGCUGCCUUGUUUCUGGAUGAAAAUCUGCCUGACGGCACCCGUCUGGAACCUGGUACCAAGUUCAUCAAAUACUGGAAGAUGAGGAACUCGGGCACUAUCAGCUGGACUUCAGAGACUAAGCUAGUGUUCAUGUGGGGAAACCUCAGCUUGGCGUCAGAAGAGAAGAGGGAGGUGCCGGUACCCUUGCUGCUGCCUGGACAAGUGGGAGUGGUCAGUGUGGCCUUUGUCGCUCCUGUGAUGGAGGGGACGUACACCUCUCACUGGCGGCUGGCGCACUGUGGGUGUCAGUUUGGCCCGCGUGUCUGGUGCAGCAUCGUAGUCGACCCUAGCAGCAGCCGCAAUACGCUCGGGCACCAAAGCAAACGACUGAAGGAGGAGGUGAAGCCAAUGGAGAAGGAGGUAAAACCCAAGGACAGUGGUUUUGCCUUCACUGUUGAUCUCCCUCAAGAGGACUACUACUUUCCUUCAGUCGACCUGCUGACUGCCCAGGAUCUACUGUCAUUUGAGUUGCUGGACAUAAAUAUUGUGCAAGAACUGGAAAAGGUUCCUAACAACACUCCUGUGGAUUUGACACCCUGCAUAUCCCCCCUUCCCCACGAUGCUCCAGCAUUGAAGUCCAUUGCUUCACAGAUAAAAGAAGAUGCAGAAGCCACAGGAGUCAGAAAACUUUUUGGAGUAAAACUGAGGCCACAGAAGGAGAUGUUGGAACCUGUAAUGCAGGAGGAGGAGAGGGAGGAAGAGAUUAGUGGUGCUCAGUUCCUCUGUGAGACGGUCAUCCGCUCCCUCACUUUAGAGGAAGCCCCCGACCACAGGCCUCUGCGCAGAGCCCUGCACAGCAGCAACAAACCACAGGUUGUUAGCCGCGGUCCAAGCGUUUGCUCUGAGAGAGCAAUUGAGGCUGAGAAGACGGAGAAGGUGAAUGAAGGUUGUGAGGAGGUCAGCACUGCUGAAAAUUCAUCUCCAUCUGCAAACACAGGCCUCACCCACAUCCUCCAGAAAGAGGAGCCAGGAUCAGUUCUUGUGCUGGAAGCAGAGAAGGAAAACCUGCAGAUCAGUUUACAUCCUAAUAACGAGAACAACGAAGUUUUGCAUGCCCUGCAAGACACGAGGGAUAAUAAUGAUGAGAAAGAGGAGGACGAAACCAGAGGAGAGGACUGGGAUGAGGUGAGCAGCCAGACAUCCUCUGUCUCCUCCUGUGACGAUUACAUCAUCGUCCUCCCAGACUGCUUUGACACCAGCCGACCUCUGGGGGAGUCCAUGUACAGCUCCGCCAUGUCGCAGCCUGACGCCGACGCCGUAGCUGCGGUGACCUCAGCUGAUCCGGACGAAGAGCAGGAGAUGGAGGAGGGCUGCGACUUUGAGCCGUGCAGGGAGGUGCCUCUUAGUGAGAGGGAGGAGGAGAGGGAGGAGGAGAUGGAGGCGAUCGUUGCAGAGGAGUCGUUGGGCAACACCUGGCCUCCGCCUGUCCCUCCUAUCCACAGCAGUGUGAACCAGAUGCUGUGUGCCUCCCAAACUCUGGAUGCUGUGACGCUCACCCCUGAAGUGGUGCCCCCCCCUUUCUCGCCUCAACCACUGCCCCAACCAACCCUCUACUCACCCCGGUCUGAGGCACUGUAUCUGGCUGAGGAUCCCAGUCCUCCAGCCUGUGACCCAUAUGAGCCACACCAACCUCGGGUUCAGCUAAAUGUGUCAUCUGGAUUGUCAAGAUCAGCGGGCUCAGCAUCCAGUGCCUUUGAGACGUAUAAUCCCAGACCGAACAACGCGCUGCAGCCAAGGGGCCAAGGAGGCAUCACAGAGGGAUUUGUCAAGGGGGCCCUUUCAGUGGCCGCAUCAGCUUAUAAGGCUCUCUUCACUGGACCAAACUGUUCCAUACAGCGAGGCAUCGACCCAGCCACCAGACAAGACCCCUCCAUGAUGGCCAUGCUGCUGGAGAUGGGCUUCAAGGACCAGCGGCUCAACCAGCAGCUGCUAAAGAAGCACGGCUACAGUCUGCUGCACACCGUCAAUGAGUUGGUGCAGAUAGCCGAGGACGGCCAGAACGAAGCCGUGGAUGCGCUUCACUGAGGGAGGGCGACUUUAAAGUGAUCAAAAGUUAUCAUAAGGAGUUGUUGAAAUUUUUAAGCUUAAUGUAAAGAGAAUGAUUAGAGUUUUUCCUGCAAAACCCUUUCCAGUUUUUGGGUUCUUUGAUCGAUUUGUUGAAGGGUGGAUGGUUAACUGGGAUCAACAUAACUACUAUCACCAGAUAUGAAGCAUUUAUUUCUUGAUUUGUAGAGAUGAAUGGCCAUUGAUGAAAGGCUUCUCUUGCCUUUGCCUUUAAUUUAACAUCAUCAUUCUGAUCAAAUUAAAAAAAAUAUACUAUAUACAUACUUGUAAAUUAUAAUGGAUGGUGGUUAACCUCUACCUUGCCUUGCUUACUUUGGCCAUAGAGCUUUAUGUGUUAGUCACAAGAAGCAGGAGCUGUAGUAUUGGCAGGACAAGUGUAUUUCAGCGCUUCAUCUCUGUGUUUGUCGGGCCGUUGUAGCUGCUUCCUCAGUGCUGAAAAAUAAUUGUUUUUGACAGGUCUUGGCUUGAUUUUAGAGCGGGCUGAAUGUCCUAAAAAGAUCAAAAAGCCAGCUCUCAUGUACAGUGAUGUGGUUGACUCUAAAUGGAUAUUCUGGGCUGUAAGGAUGAGAGUGCAGUAAUAAGAUAUUUAAGACUUUCUUGAUUAUCGUAGUGAAAUCUGCCUAACAAUGCAAUCUAUUUCUGUAUCAGAGUACUGUUAUUUUAGACCUUGACAUGUGGAAUGUAUACCAAACUGUCCGAACGGAUCGCUGUUCAGACUCGGAUGUUUUCUACAGCUUUUUAGGAGACACCUGCAUGACGGGUAGAGGCUUUAGAGAUGAGUUAUGUCCUUUUGUGAUCUUAGCACAGUCACAGUGGAAAAGGUCGCCCUCUGCAUCAUCUUCUAUCAACCCUGCUUGCCUACAUUUUCACCAGUCCACAUUUAAACAGCCUAGUAAAACCCAGCAACUGUCAUUCAAAACCAGUGAAAACCGAGAAGUCUCUAACAACACAUUCCUUAGACCCAUCGCGGAACCAAGUAUAUUUUAUUUGAUUGCAUUACCUUUAUGAGAGACGAUCGUCAGUUUACUGAAACAUGUCAUGUUAAUUGACACUGUUGUGUGUCUGGAUUUAAGUUCAUGUGUACAAAUUUGUGUGAUUUGAGGUUUUCAGAACCAUCGUUUUCUUACUUUUAUGAUUGUUCAUGGUUUAAAGAAACAUGCUCUAGAGAAUAAUUCUGAAUAUAUCUACAUUGCUUGUCAAAUUAUUCCUCUUACACAGAGUGUAUACUUUAAAACCCUUUCUGUCAACCCGCCAAUAAACUGUUUGCACAUCUC